AUGUCCACAGACCCCAAAGACCCAUUAUACCUACUAGAUUGCUUCGGACAACUUCCGACUCCUCCACCGAGUCCCUUUACCAAAGCGGGGUCAGCGAAAGGCAGUUUCUCAGACGCGCGGGAGCGCUAUAGCACACUGUCCCCACUGCUACAAGAACUAUCCGCGUAUGCACUGCCAGAUCCACCCGUUUGGCCGAAUACGGAUCACUUAGCUGGUCAUUUACAGACGCAACCCAUACCAACCCCCCACAUACCCAAGAAACGCGGACCGUACAAGACAAAAGACAAGUCACUCAAAGCGAACAGUAUCUCGCCGAAGAACAGAGUGGUGGGUACAGGCGGUAUGGUCAGUUUGGGUCACUCGAAAGAAGUAACGGAUAUGCUCAAGGCGCAGGCAGAGGCGCAGGCGCAAGCAUCAUCACAGGCGCAGGCACAAGCCCCAGUCCAAGCACAAGUACAAACACAACCCCAAGUACAACCCCAAGCACCGGCACAGCCUCAGAACGAGGGCGUAGACAAGGACGUUGAGACAAAGUCGAAUACGCCGCUAUCAACAGAUACCACAUCGAUAUUUGAGGAUAAGGAUGAGCUGGUAUGUGGCGGUGCGGUACUGCCGCCGUGUCCGUAUACGAAUCAGACGGUGACAGCGACAGCGACGGCGCAAGAGGAGGGAGGUGUGUCGAUGGUGGGUAAGACGGCGGAUGGCCGUGAGAAGGGGAAGGGGAGGGCGGUGUAG